CACUAAGCAGCCAGCCAAAGUCAGUCUCAUCGUGACCUGUGCUGGCAUAGGAGGCCCGGUCUCACUUGAUACAGUUUUGCUUUGAAAAUGUGCUCUAGGGACUAGUAGUUGAGAGUAAACAGCAGUGAUUAUUCGCUCGGAGAUUUCGAGUUUUUUGAAAAAUGGAAGCAGUGAUUCGUGAAGGCGCACUUCGUUUGUUGACAUCUGAGGCAUCCUGUGAUGUUAUCCUGAGCUGCCAAGGACACCGGCUAAUGGCCCACAAGCUCAUUUUGUCAAUUGCUAGUCCUAUGCUGCAUGACUUGCUGCUGCAAGACAUGACCGAGCCAUCCGUUCUGAUUUUCCCCGACAUCAACAGCAACACCAUGUCCCUAAUCCUGGACUACAUCUACACAGGAAGCGUCAUCAUUUACUCAAACACAAUCAACGACUUCCUCACGGCUGCAAAUCUGUUGAAACUACACAUUGACGUCGAGUUUUUGCAAAAGGCAAACACGCUCAGAGAAUACAAAUUGUUCGAGAAAAAGGAGGAAAAACCAGCGAACGACGUGUUCAGCAAACGAAACCAAAGGAAGUUGCCCAGUUUAGUGCCCAUUUCCAGCUUCAUGCCCAGCAAAAAGGAGCGGAAGUUGGUGAGCUGUGUGAUACCGAGCCCAUGGAUGCCCAGGGAAAUGCCCGUCCUGUCCGACCCAAGAACCUGCCUCUCAAGCACUGAACGAGCGAAUGUUCAUCAAAUACGUGAUAGACUGGAGGAGAGCGAUCCGAAUAACAACAAUUCGCAACAGCACCAGAAAAACAAAACUAAUAGUAUACUAUCACCAAGCUCGAAUUCUUCCUCAGAAUUGGACUUAUCUACCUCAUUAAAUAAAUUAGUCUUUGAACAAAAACUCGUACCUCAAUUAAAUGAUUCGUUAGUGGUAAAUAAAGAAAAUGACAAGUGUGUUAAUGACAGUACGACUGCGUUUACAUGUCCGAAAAAACACACAAAUAGAACGCUUUGUAGUCGGAAAGACGAAGGAACGGAAGAGAAAAAUUCGUGUCACGACAACGAAAAACAGAAACCUUUCAAGUGUGAGGAUUGUAAGAAAACGUUCAGUCAGUUGCGCAAUUACAAAUACCAUCGAUCAGUACACGAAGGAACGAAAGAAUUCGCAGCUAAAUGUCCCGAAUGUGGCAAAAACUUCAACGAUCGGGGAUAUUUAAGCAGCCACAUGAAGAUACAUCGCGACCGGAAAGAAUAUGCUUGUCCCCACUGUCCAAAACGGUUCAAUCAAAGAGUGGCUUACAAUAUGCAUCUUCGAAUUCACACAGGAAUAAAGCCGCACGAAUGUCCCACAUGUGGUAAAAGCUUUUCGAGAAAAAUGCUAUUAAAGCAGCACCAACGUGUUCAUACAGGAGAGAGACCGUAUUCUUGUCCGGAAUGUGGAAAAACUUUCGCAGAUCGAUCUAAUAUGAGCUUACAUGCCAGGCUACAUACAGGCGUGAAACCCUAUUCGUGCAAUCUGUGCUCGAAGAGCUUUACGAAGAAACAUCACUUAAAAACACACAUGAAUUUCCACACAGGACUGAAACCGUACACUUGUCAGAAAUGCGGAUUAGCGUUCUCGCAAAGUAGCAAUAUGAGGACUCACUACAAAAAGUGCGUUUUAAAGAGCAACGGAGGCCCUUCUUCAGCCGAAGCCGACAGCAAUUGAUGCAAAUUAUUUCUUUUAAAUUUUUAGUAUAAUUCUUAAAAGCUGUGAUACUGAGAUUGAUCAAUCUGUACUUAAUUUUUUAAAAUAUGUAUAUCUAACUUGUAUAAUUAUUUAUUAUUAUUGUUUAUGAAUUAUUUAUUUACGUAUUUGUAAUUAAAAACUUGGAUUUUA